UUUUUUUUCAGGAACGGUUUUUUUCCACCCCUAUAUUAAUGUUUCUAAGAGGGUGGUUUAUACUUAGAAAAAUUUACAGUUAGACAUACUUUAUCUCUACCCUAUAUCACUCUAACAUACUUUCUCCAUGUCAAGUACUUUCUUAUGUGCUAUUAUCUUAUUUACCCUUGAAACUAGAAAUCAAUUAGUUACAUUUUUCUUUUAUUUAUCUUUAUCGUGAACCAACUACUCUUUUUCUCUUAUCUCAAUAUCUAAAAAUCAAGUAGUUAUCUUUUUCUCUUCCAGUUUGACGAUUUCUUCUUCAUUCUCACCGCCAGAGAAUAAAAAUCAUGGUGACUCCACGCUGUAUUCUUCUACAAGGAAAGAUCAGACAAAUCUUAACUACGUUACCCUAUUUUAUAGAUUGAUCUAGACCCCUUUCCUUUUUUUUGUUAUAGUGAAAUAGCAAAAGCCGUCGUCUCCUCCGAUUCGACGAAAACACAAUCCGCCGUCAAUUUUUCACCGGCAUUAAUUUCAACUGCCGUUAAUUUCUCAAAAACUACAACGAAUGGUAUGACCUAUCUUCUUUGAUUAUUCGUUGAUAAUCUCCUCAACCCAUGAUUAAAGCGUUAGUUGACACCUAAAUCUUCUUAUGUGUUGCAGAAACCUCCAACAGAAAGUCACCUCUUCACAUUCUCCUAUCCACGAUUACCCCCAAUCACGUCUCCCCCAACCACGCCUCGACCAGCCACUACUUUCCCAACCACAUUUCACACAGCCACACUUCACCCACACGCUAGACGCCUACUCUUGUUUCAACCCCUUCACCCAACCACAUGUUUUCUGUCCACACUACCAUCAACCAUACUUCAUCCCACCACGAUUCACCAGACCACCUUCCAACGCACCAAGCUCCACCAGCCAAAAUAAGACCAAUCCAGCCUUACCACACGUUUCAUGAACAAUGUUUUUCCACAACAAGGAAAGAUAUACACAUUUAUAUCUUCUCUUUUUAGUAGAUUUGUACUUGCUUUAACAUUAGUCAUCCGAUUUGUUUUUACAUCCUUUAAUCUAACGGUCCAAAAAAAAUCUCACUGUUGAAUAAAUCCACCAAUUAAUUGUAACAGAAAAAGACAAACUAUUAUUUACUUUUUGUGUAACCAGAUUUUAAGUCUCGCUAUAACUAGUUUGCGAGAAGGGCAAUUACGGAAGAGAAAAAACAAAAGCAAGUCAAAAAAUACACCUCAAGUGUAAAGUGUGUAAAUAUGUUAAAGGCCCAAGACAAAGUAACCUUUUAUGUAACAAGCUCUUAUACUUAAUGCACCCAACUUCCCAAAGUUUAGAAAUAGCACAUGGGCACCAUUGGAAAGUUUGGUUUAGUAUGUGCGAGUUGAUGACGACGAUAUCAAAGCGCAGCUUCUUUUAUAAGUCUUGGAAUCGGUUGAAACAUUGAGAGACAAAGAUCGACAAAAUGACCUAAACCUUAAAGAGAAUGUGAAGGUGUUUGAACAUGAACCAACAUACAUGUUCUGUUUAAAAAAAUAAAAUAAUAAAUGUGGAAUGAGACUUCAUCAAUCUCUGGAGUAUAAAGGUAUAUGGCUUAACUUGAGGUUCUUGGUUAUUUAAUUAUCGUUACGCUAGAUAUAGAGGAUGAAUCCACAUGUAAGAAAGGUGAAACACUUGAAAGUUGAAACUAUUUUUAAACAGAGAAUCUCUUGAUCACGAGUUUAAGGUAUCUAACAAGUUAAAUAACGAACGAACCGAGUCUCACAUGCAUUGAUCUCUUUGUUAAAGAUUAAUCAGUAUAAAGUUAUUAUCUAAUAUAUAGAAUCUUACUAAGAAUAAUUACUAGUGAAAAUACUUGUUUCCAUCUAGGAAUUGAUCGUAAGAUAUGUGACUGAAUUUCAUUCCCUAUGUAGUUUAUACCUUUUCCCAAAUGUACAAUGUUCAAAUCAUUGUGAAAGCUUUAAAACUUCAUUGGUGUACCUGUAAUUAGAUGAAAUGCUUAUCGAUACUAUAGAAUAAUUGCAUAAAUUACUAAAACAUAAAAAUGUGACACACGAUAUAUGUGUGCCUUGGUUGGUUUAUAAAAAUGUCACUAAUCUAAAUUGCAAACAGAAUAAGGUUAGAGUUAAAAAAAAAAAAAAAAAAAAAAGGUUAGAGUUUUCGUAAAAGCAAAAAGAAGGUGAAAACUGACUUUUUCUUUUGAGAAAUGAAAACUGAGUUUCUAGACAUAUCUUAAUUAUACGAUAACAUGAUCGAUGGUACAAGGAACCACAGCUAGCAAAGAUCAUCUCAGUCACACCCGUUUUCUCUUACGUAUAUCUUUGUUACGUGCCUUCUACACCGAGCAAGAUCUCUCUUGAUUCAUUUUUAGUGCAGUAGCUAUACAUUAUAUAUAUAUAUAUAUAUAUCUAUGUAUUUUUCGUUUUUAACAUUAAAUUUCUACGUUUAUAACGCUCCGUUUCAACAUUAUUCGUCGUGUGUGUUUUUUUUGCCCCCGAUCCUGUCCAUCACAUGUUUCUUUGGAAUUGACGUGUCUAGUAUUCAUAUCAUUAUACUCCCAAGUCUCCAAGACCUAUAAUUAACUCUUCAAGAAAGCAUAUAUAAAUCACUUUGACCCAGUUUUUCAACGUUAUAUAAUGUUUGACAUAAAAUAAAAUCACAUAAAUGUUUCCACAAAAAAGAGUUUUCAUAUGAAACUAAAUAAAUCUUUAUAACUUUGACUAUAUAAGUCUUCUACGGUUUCUUCUUGUAGCUGCAUUUUUGCAUUAAGAAAUACAUGUCUACCGUUUCUAUGACUAAUUUUAAUCCACCAGUAUUCUCGUUAAUCGUUAUUAAAAGCAAGUAUAGUCAAAUUUGUAGUCAUUUAUUGUACCAUUGAUUAUAAACUGUACAGAACUGAUAGGCUAUAUCAUUCAUAACAUCUGUUCACAUCCUGAUCAUUCCUCAAUGGCUCAAACUGAAGACAAUACAUAUACUAUGAUGAUAUUCGUAAAGUUCAGAACAUCUCUAAACAUCAAUCGUUUUGCAAAAUGUAAUUAUGCCGUCUUCAUAGUUGUUAUGGUACACGAUCUGAAAAAUGUACAAAUGAUAUGGUACUUUACUUGUCAGUUGUCGCAAAUGACUAAUUCACAUGUAGGAACGAGACAGAUCGUGUAUCGGCCGUCUGAUUCGGAUCGAACGGCCAUAAAUGCAUCAGAAAGAUGCUGAAAUUUUUUGCCGACCGGCUUGAGAUCCGGAAAGUGUUUAGAAUGUAUCCACGUGGUAGCAUCAGAGAGGAGGGUGAUGAAUGUAGUUGAGGGUUACGUGUCCUGUUAUGUUGGCGGCAAAUCUAAGGUUUGGCCUACAUGAUAGUAUAGAUUAAUUAAGUGUUUAGCUUUUUCUAACCCUAAUCAAAAUCAAUUAGCUGAAAUUGUUACUAAAAGAAAAAAAGAAAAUAGUUUUUAAAAUAGGUAAUGAUAACUACUAAGUUGGAAUUUGUUUUACGAAAUUGUUUUUAAAGAAAACAAAGUAAGGGGAAACGAGCGGCAUGUGUGGCGUGGCACAUGUGUCGUGUUAUGUGAGGUAAUGCAAAUAGUAAUGUCGAAGAUAAUGUAAUAAUAAUUACAAAAUGUCAUUUAGUUGGUAAAUUCCUCUUUAAUUUUUUUGUUUGUUUUUAGAUGAUAAGAUAUGAUGUAUUUUUUUUAUUAACACUACUAAACUAAGAUCUUUUCUCGAUUAAAAAGGUUAAUUAAGACAUUGUUAUAUCUUAGUCGAACAAUUGAAUGUACAAACAUUAUGAAUUGGUAAUGAAUAUACUUAGUUUGCCAUGAAAAAUAUCAUAAAUUUUAUGAAUGACAUUAAAAAUCUUUUGUAUUUAGAUGGUGAUUUACGUAAAGUUGUUCAAAAGAAUUGAUUUGAUAUGAUGUGUAAUAUCAAAUGUAUUUGGUUGUACUGAAACCCCUUUUCAGAAGAGCCAAAUGUAUUUGGUGACAUUUUCUAAAGAUCAUUGAGAAAUUGUUUCUAAUGUUAAAGCUUGGACAAAAAGAACUCUUAUGGUAAUGUUACCAGCUUUUCAAAAUCAAACCAUUCACAUACUCACGCUACUGUCUUAAGAAUUUGUUUCUCAGUGGAUUAAGAUUAAUCUGUUCUCAAUGGAUUUAAAAUUUGCUAUCAAACAUAGUUUCAUAUUCUUAGUCCAUUGAGAACAAAUUUUGAGAGCUAUGCAAAGACGACAGAAAAUAUAUUUGCUGUGAUAUUUUACAAUGGAUCGACCGUCAUAUGAGGCCACGAACAAAAUACAUCAAAUUUCACUAAGGUAUUCUAGCGAAACCUACACGAACAAGAUUAAACAAAACAAAUAAAAUAGACAGGAGUGGGCAACAAAAAAAACCUAAAUAGUUAAAAUCUGAUCUUUGUUUAUUAGACUUUUUUUUACUAUUUUAAAUAUAUAAAACCAAAUUUGAAAAAUUUUGUGUAACAGUGUUACAAAAAAAAAGGUUUGUGUAACCAAACCAAACUAAAUUUGAAAAUGUUUUGUGUAAAACCAAACUAAAUUGUAUAAAUUCGAUAUAAACAUAUUAAAAGCUGCACAACUAAAUAAAUCAGUAUUAUUUAUUUAUUUAUGUAAAUUACUAAAUGUUCUGACAAAAAUAAACUGAAACCAAGCUGUAGACCGAUUUACCCGCCCUAGUUUUUUUUAUAGAAACAAAUAUCAAAUCAGAUGCCAAUAUUUCCAAAAAUGAUUAGGGAAAGGCCCACAUACAUAAAUACACACACAAACCAUAAUAAAUAUGCGUCUGUAUAAAUACCAUACAAAGGUAACAUAGAGAUAGAAUUAGAGAAAGCUUCGACGCCUCUCAGCUUCACCGAACAUCACGGUGGCUAAUACAAAAAAAAAAGGCAUAACAUGAUCAACCACUAACCCCUCAAACACACAUUUUACCAAAAAAAAAUAAUAAAAAAAAACCAACUCUUUUCUCCCUCCCUCUCUAAACAUGUCAGCGGCCGGCGCUAGCCCAUUGGCCGUUGCACCGAUCACACGACGUCGUAUCGGAGACUCCCUCGAAACCACGACAACCUCCGAACGAGCCUCCGUUUCCUCCGAGUAUUGCAACAUAGUCAACAUCUCCUCCCUCUCUCCGGACUUAGACGACGUCGAGGGAACAAACGGCGCGUGUUCCUCACCUUCCUCGAUGGGUUCCACGUCUAGCGGAUCGCAUUACCACCACGAUCAUCACUACCACCCGAAGAUUCGUUACCUUAUCCCACGUAAACUGAAAUGGCCGUUUCUAUGCGACGGUGGAUGGACGGCUGUGAUUGGUCAAGGAUUGGGGAGAAACGUGGGACGUCGGAUCUUGGGUCUCCUCAUGGUUCUCGUCGUCGUUUCGCUCUUUGUCAGAGUUUCUGUUAUGAGUGGGCGCGUUGCUGAUCACGCGCACAGGAGAGAUUUGAACGAGCUUGUUGUCGUUAGGGCGUUACAUGAAGAUUGGUCGAUGGCUCAAAACGCAAUGUCGGAGAACGUUGCUGUCGAGAAGCUUCCCAUUCCGGAGAUAUGGCAGAAACCUGAAUCCAGCAAUUAUCGCCAGUGUGCGUCACGUCCCAAGAGUAGUCAUUCAAGGGCACGUAGGAAAACCAACGGUUACCUUCUAGUACACGCCAAUGGCGGGUUGAAUCAGAUGAGAACUGGAAUAUGUGACAUGGUUGCUGCAGCAAAGAUUAUGAAUGCAACUCUUGUUCUUCCUCUCCUCGACCAUGAAUCUUUCUGGACUGACCCCAGCACGUUCAAAGAUAUUUUUGACUGGCGACACUUCAUGAACGUAUUGAAAGAUGACGUUGACAUCAUCGAGUACUUGCCUCCUCGCUAUGCAGCCAUGAAACCUCUCCUCAAGGCUCCUGUUUCUUGGUCCAAGGCUAGUUACUACAGAAGAGAGAUGCUACCACUAUUGAAAAAAUAUAAGGUGAUUAAGUUCACACACACCGAUUCGCGCCUAGCCAACAACGGUUUGCCACCAUCAAUCCAACGGCUGAGAUGCCGUGCUAACUACCAAGCAUUAGGUUACUCCAAGGAGAUUGAAGAUUUUGGAAACGUUUUGGUCAACCGGUUAAGAAACAAUAGCGAACCCUUCAUUGCUCUACACUUACGCUACGAGAAAGACAUGCUUGCUUUCACAGGCUGCAGCCACAACCUCACAGCUGGAGAAGCUGAAGAGCUGAGGAUCAUGAGAUACAAUGUGAAACAUUGGAAAGAGAAAGAGAUUGACAGCAGAGAGAGAAGGAUCCAAGGUGGCUGCCCUAUGUCUCCACGAGAAGCAGCCAUACUUUUAAAGGCAAUGGGGUACCCAUCUUCCACUACGGUGUACAUAGUUGCUGGUGAAAUCUAUGGAGGUAAUAGUAUGGAUGCUUUCAGAGAAGAGUACCCAAACGUGUUCUCCCAUUCAACUUUAGCAACUGAAGAAGAGUUAGAGCCCUUUAAGCCAUACCAAAACCGCUUAGCUGCGUUGGAUUACAUCGUGGCGUUAGAAAGCGAUGUUUUCGUGUAUACAUAUGAUGGCAAUAUGGCUAAGGCUGUACAAGGACACAGGAGGUUCGAAGGGUUCAAGAAGACUAUCAAUCCAGACAGGUUAAAUUUUGUUAGACUGAUAGAUCAUUUAGACGAGGGUGUGAUGUCUUGGGAUGAGUUUUCUUCAGAGGUGAAGAGAUUACAUGGAGCCAGGAUUGGAGCUCCUUAUGCUAGACUUCCAGGUGAGUUCCCUCGGCUAGAGGAGAACUUUUAUGCAAACCCGCAACCAGAUUGCAUCUGUAACAAGUCUCAGCCUGAGCAGCCUUGGAAGUCAAGUGUAAGAAGAGAGUCAGAUAGAUGGAAGGAGAGUUCAAGAUAGAAGAACGAAGACAAGACAUUGGUUCAACACUUUUGUAGGCCUUCUUGUACAAUAUAGGAAAAAGAAGAAGACUGGUUUCUUGGAAGAUCCAUACAAAUUUGUAGGAUCUAAUUCACUAUACAUGAGCAUCAAUGAUAUACCAUUUUUCAUUUU